AAUUAUGGCAGGACACAUGCGCGCUGGCUGGGGCUCCCUGCCCGGAAUUGGGAGCACAUUUUGGGAGUAAAUUAUUUGUCUUCUGCCCCAGCUGAUGUGUGAGCCAGCAUGUCUCGGAGGAAGCAGGCGAAACCCCAGCAUUUCCAAUCGGACCCCGGUCUGGCCUUGCCGGAAAGUCAUGGUAAGAGUCUCUGAUAUCCUCAUCCUAAUCAUCAGAUCGCCUUAUCCAUCUGCUAUCACCCCCUUUACCCUGCUCAUCCAAGUCAUUUCUCAGCUGCUGAGUACCCACCAUCCCAUCACUGGGUAUCAUCAGCUUUGUCUCCAUCACCCCUUCAUACAGCAGGUACCCCCUCAAUAUUGCAACAAAUUUAACUUUUUAUUAUUUCUUCUAUUUUUGAUAAUAAAUAACUCCAGAUUUUUUUUUUUUAUUUCUUCCUUACACUUUUUGAUUGUUCGCUAAACUUCGAUUUGUAACGAAUAGUAACCCUGAUGGUUUAAACGAGUCUAAAACAGAGUUAGACUUAUUUUUUUCUCAGAUCAGCUAUUAUAGCCUAUAUUUUGCUCUUUUGGAUUUUAAUUCGAUGCAGAUCGGAGUUUAGUAAAUACACCAUCUAUAGAGUAGAACAAGAUCACGGGGCUGGAUGAGUUGGCUACAGUGUAUCAGGCUUGGAUUUAGUACCUGUACUGUCCCCGACUUGAGUUCUAGACGUGGGGCAACAUUGUAACCACAUAACACAGGUAGAUUUGUAAAACUCUCUAAUCCAAAAAAAAAUACAAAGUUUGUAUCCUUGCUCAUCUCUACGGAUUUCUAGAGCAGGGCACGAUGCAGGGCUGUUUGCUUUCGGUUUGUGGAUCAUCAAGAUUAUUUGCAGCAAAAUAAAUAUCUCUAUGUAAACUUUUCGUGUACGUACAAUGCAUCCAUUAUGGGUCGGAACGCCUGAGAUCGGGGUUUCGAAUCUUCAGUUCGAACCUUUUAACUUGUGCCAUUCAUUCGAACAACUUCUUAGAUCUUUGCUUUUAUUUAUUAGCUAUUUUUCUUUUUUUUUUUCUUUUUUUUUUUUACCUGGGGGCGUUUGUUGGUUCUAUACAAGCUUUCAAUCACCCACCCAAUUUACCUUUUGAUGUGAUUAUCUGAUUUAACUCUGUAAUUACAAAGAUAACGCUAUUGAGAUUUGAUAUAUAUAUAUAUAUAUAUAUAUAUAUAUAUAUAUAUAUUUUAGCAGUGUCUAAGCUGAUUGUUUUCUCUUUUCAAAUUUGUUUUAUUUUUAUCCUCAUUGGUCUUAUGAUUAAAAUAGUUUGAUAUCUGUAGUGGAGAGGAGAAUAGACUUUUAGUUUAUAUGUCUUUAAUGACUUCGUGACUUUGUAUUUAGUAACUUGCUAAGUGCUAUAUCAGACUAAGGGGUUUAUUCACUAAACUGCGAAUCGUAGCGAAAUGUAAUACUAAUACAGCGAAAUUGUGACUGUAGGUGUGAUAAACACCCCCCCCCCCUUAAAAAAUCAUUUUUUUGUUUGUUUUUUUAAUAUUGCCAUGUGUAUUUGUUUUCUACUAUUCGGAGUUUAGUAAAUAGCCCUCUCCUACGUACAGAUCUGUGUUUCUGGAUUCUAAUCUAUUUUUGGACUAUAUUUUAACGCUGUAAAUUAGUUAAGAUUUCAAGGCUGGGUUUAUUUCCACACUGUAUGACACGGCUCCCCAUUACACUCUGCAUCACAUUUGAAAAGUGAUUUGUCCUCUUUUGCUAAACACCCUACAGGAGUAACUGGCUACCCACCACGUCCCAUUGUAAAUUCUUGCAACAUUUAGGGUCAGAUCUCCCAGGCUAUUCACUAACAAACAAUGGGCACCACAUGGGCUGGGGUUAGAGGGGGAAAAAAAAUGUUGAUAUAUCUCUCUUAAAUCUGCUCCUGAUCUUAGGCUCACGUCUUCUAAGCGGUGCUUUCCCUGCUGCAAUAUUAACCAAAGCUGAUUUGUUCUAGAAACUAAAUGACUUUGUCACCGUUACAGAUAGAUUUAAAUCGUUCAUCCAAGUGUGCUAACGAAUAAACUGACUCCCCAUAAUUCUGUGUUUUGAUAAAUGACUGCACUUUUUUUCCCUUUCAAACAGACUCAAAAAGCAAGAUGUAACCCAAUUAUUUUCCCAGCCAGCUAAAAUAUUAACCCACUGCCUGCUCAGUUUAGUUACUUAUUAAACCAGCUCUCCCCAAUCUGUCCAGUUUAUUUAUUUUUUUUAUUUAAGAUUAAGACCUGACAGUGAAAUGUGUUUUCAUGCAAGCUGAAUUUGUCCCGUUUGAAAGUAAAAUUUUGCCGUGUUGGUAUUUAGUUAUUGUUCUCCCCCCUAAUUAGUCACUAAAUUGACUCUAGUUUUUUUUUUUUUUUUUUUAAUAUAUAUAUUUUUUCUUUUUCGUUAAAAGCAGUUGCAAGUUAGGAUUUAAUCACCCAAAUAUAAACCAUCUUCAAAUGCGUUUCCACCCUGCUGAUUUUAACUAAAUUCUAACAACUGUA